AUGCCGAGCAUUCAGGAGCUAAGCGAGCAAUUAAACUAUGGGCAAAAGAGGGCCGGUAGGGGUGGAAGCACAAAACUGAAAGAAUACGUGGAUUUUUUCACUACUCAAUAUCCCAAAAAGUGCCCAACGGUCAAGGCGUGGGGCGACUUCAAGAGACCUAGCGUCCAACAAUUCUUGUUGGAAAUGACUUCUCGAUUUCUCAGCCAAGACGGAUCAAUACUUUGGCCGGGAGAUGAAUCCUAUCCAUUAUAUAACGAGAGCCUCAUCUGGCCACGGGAUGAGAAGAAAAUCAAAGAGACGAUGUGCAAGAUGUUCUUCGCGAAGAACAUGCAUAAGCAGAGGAGCGACCGUCAGGCGGAUCAAAAGCGCAAAAGCAACCACGCCGCAACGCCAAGGACGCCUACUUCGUCCAGGAACACAGACGCAAAUCACACCCACAACGACAAUCAAACGAAACUCGCGCGAGAGUCAGGCAACCCGGAUGAACCCGAAUCGUCUCUUUCGGAUUUAUCUGAGCUUUCGGACACCCGAAUGCUUAGCCCCCAGCAAGAAGCUGAAGUCCGAGCUCUAGCUGAAGAGAGCUUCCUAGCGAUAUCUGCUUCGACUGAACCUUCCAAUGACGUGGAUAGACGGGGCAAAGAUAAAAAUAAUAGCGAGAAGAGGUUACCCUCUCAGGCUCGUGAAGAGAACUCUGCAUUGGCUUCCGAAUUGCGGUUCAAUCAACUAAGAUCGCCACUCAACAGGACUGUUGAAAACAUGUCCAGAUCCAGGCUUUCUGCUUCCCCUUGCUCGGCAGUGUCUCAAGGCCAGCUAUCGACAAGGACCCAUCCUCGUGCGCCUCAAGCUGCAGUGGUAUGCACAGACGACGCUCCACAUUACUCGUCCGCAAUGUCAGAAAGGCGACAGGAAACUGAUCUAACUCCCCCGGAGGAUACUAGUUCGGCCGAUUCGCGGAUACCCCCAGAACCCGAGAUAUGGUACCAUGCCAUCAAAUCGCAUAGGCCUAAAGUGGCCAAAUGGUGGGAAUCGAAAGCGAUAUUUUCAGAUAUGACAUUGGCGCAGCUCAGGGAUGAACUGGUUCGCGGUUUUGACGAUGCCACAUCAUCAGAUAUUCGCUGCACAUUGAACGGGCCUGAUGAUAUGAAAACUGAGGUCGAGAUUGACCACACGAAGAAAAGUCAUUUGCGGAGGCUCAAGACGAUUUUCGAAUCCGACAUCAAGGAGGCUAUUGAAGAAGACAGAUGCGUAGCUGCCACUUCUCCGCUGAGUUUUCUUAUCAAGAUUGAACCCGCGUGA